CUUCCGGUUUCCCAGCAGGCCCCGCGCGGCGCCUGCGUGCUCUGUGACCUUUCCCAUUCUGUUGCAGAAUUUGGUGUUGCCUGUGGCCUUGGUUCUGCUGAGAUGCUUCAAACCUUCAUUAAAAAAGUCUGGGUCCCCAUGAAACCCUACUAUACCCAGGUUUACCAGGAGAUCUGGGUAGGAGUGGGGUUGAUGAGCCUCAUCCUUUAUAAAAUCCGGAGUGCUGAUAAAAGAAGUAAAGCUUUGAAAGGCUCCAGUCCUGCACCUGCCCAUGGCCAUCACUGACUGCUCCGAAUAUGAACACGUCAGCUAAACUGAAGCCAGCUGUGUUAGAUGGGAACACAGAACAUCACUGUACACUCACCUAGUACCGUUUAUAAUGUGGCAUUAAUAAAUGUGUUUGAGACGCCCCA